AUGAAGUCAACUUGGGUUUUAAGAUUAAGUGGACAACAAGAGAGAGAGAUUGUUGCCGACUCCAAGGAGAUCACUUUCAAUGGACAAGUAGUAGAGGUCGAGAAAUUUGGAAGAAGAAGAACAUUUAAUGUGACAUCAAUCAAUGCAAAUGGUCAACAGGUAACAGACACCUAUGUUGUUGUACCAUUGUUUAGUUUGAUGACUCUCUUUUUGAAAAAGAGUCUCUAUCUUAAUAACGUGAAUGUUGAAACUGGACAUGUUCUAACAGGCAGAAGUAGUAAGCUAUCUACUUGGGAGAUUGCAUUUUGGAUUAUAUUACAUAUCUCCUAUGUAAUUUGUUAUGUUGCUUUUAUGUAUUUUCCUGUUGGUGUUGGUAUAUUUGUGCUAUGCGCAAUCGUCAUAUUCUGUCUCAUCAACUUCUUCUAUCACCUUGGUAAGCGAGUUGUUAUCACAAAACUCCCACUACCAAUUAAUGUAGCCGAAAAUGGUGCGACAAAUGAAAUCGGAUUACUCAGACAACAACAAGAAUUACAACAACAACCACAACAAAUACAACAACAACCAAUAAUAUAUAUUCCACAACCAUAUUUACAACAACUACCACAACAAGUGGUACCAUUACAACAACUAAACCAACAACAACAACCACCAUAUGUAACAUAUAUUGAUUAUUCUCAAGUAGCUCAACCGAAUCCAUAUUUCCCAUAUCCAAUGCAACAAACUCAACAACCAAUGCAACAACCAUACCCAAUGCAACAACCAAUUUAUUUUAAUAAUAAUUUUGAUCAGACAUCUUCAGUGCCAAGUUAUAUUAUUCAACAAGACAACAACUCAGAAAAUCAUAUUUUAAAAGAAAAACUAAUCAACUAA